AUGUUGUUGAAGUUGAAUGUGAUAUCGACAGGACUAUUGGUGCUUUCUCAGGGUAGCCAGGCCCUGUUUAGCGUUUAUGACGACUAUUUCUCGUCUCCAAAAUAUGUCAUAAAGUAUGAUAAUCAAGACUUCUACACACAUCACGAGUCAUCCCAGAUACUUCAGGGAUCCUUGAAUAACAGCGAAAGCUAUCAUCUAGUGAAAUCAAAAGAUUCAGAUUAUUUAUGUCGUAUACCAGAAGUUCCCCCAGUUGAAAAACUACAGCCAACUUUAAAUGAUGAUUAUAGACCACAAAAGAUUGUUGAGGCAUUCCAAAAGGUUAAGCAGGCACUCACCGAUAAGUGUGUGUUCCAAUUCGCAGGCUAUUGGAGUUAUGCCUUUUGCUUUGAUAGAGAACUUUCACAAUUCAAUGGUCAGAUUCAAGAUUUUGUGGAUAAGAAAGUUUCAAAGUUUAUAUUGGGGAAAUUCAAUAAAGAUGAAGCAGCUGAUAGAUAUACAUUGAACAAAGAAGGUGGGUUGUGGUAUUUGGGGUACAAUCUGGAAGGUGGUACUCUUUGUGAUUUGACUGGAAGACCAAGAAGUGCGGAAAUUCAAUUUGUUUGUGAUCCUUCACUAAAUGAACCAAGUUUGAAAUGGGUUAAGGAGUAUAAAUCAUGUCAAUAUCAAGCUCAAGUCGCUGUUCCAGACUUGUGCGCUGAUGACUUAUUUGGAAGUAAUAAAGAGGAAAAAGUUCAUGAGAUUGAUUGUAAAAAAAUUGUCAAUACUGAUAUCCAUGUUGUUGAUAAAGAAGACUACAUCAAACACUCAUUUUAUAAUCAUCCUUUGAAAAUAUCUCUUUCAGAAUAUAGACUUGAACCUUUAGGGAAUGGAAUUUUCUUGGGAAGACCUAAGAUCCCUGGUGGAUUAGAUGUCAUAAUUUACAACUCUGAUAAAGAAGAUGAUACAUUUUUGGGUACAAUCGCAAAAUCAUUCUUCACUGGGUUAGCAAGAAAAAAGAUAUAUAAUGGUGAAGAAGUAUUGGGUUCUCAGGGAGAGUUUACUUACUACACAUAUGUCUAUGGAAGAAGAGGUGAUUAUUUGAACACUCUCGAGAUUGUGAAAAAUUCUGAUGGGAAGGCUAUUUUAUAUGAUCGUAAUGAUCUGAGCCAUUUGGAGAAGAAUGUCAUGAGUGUUAGAAUUCCACCACAAGAUGAAAAUAAGGUGGUGAGUGAAGAGAGAGUUGAGACAGAAGAAGAGAAGAAGAAAAAUUCAAUCAAUGAGGAGCAACAACAACAACAACAACAACAACAACAACAACAGCCUUUAAUGCAGGCAGAAACCACAGAAUAUGAAACUCAAGAAAAAGCUUCUGAAGAUCAUCAUCAGCCUGUUAAAGAAGAGCAAAAUGCAAUGCAACACGAUGAGUUAUGA